UCGCACGCCCGCGCGGCUUUUGGCGAUCCUGCGCCGGGACGGUCGUCCCCGUGCGGCGGGCGCACGCCGCGCUGGUGGAGGCGCCGCGCCUCGCGCGUUGCGUCUUUCACCGGCCAGCGGGCGGGAGCGGGCGUUGGCCCGUCGAGAUGGAAGUUUCACUGGAUGGAGUCGUCACAGUGCAGGAGCUGCAGAGCGUUCUGAGCAGCGCCUACGACGCCCUCGCCGAGGCAGGCGACGCCCCGCUGCUGUGCGCUCCCUCCGCCGCCGGCGUGUGUGUCGAGUACCGAGUGGCGCGCGGGCACCCGCGCCGGCGGCUUCUCGACGACGCGGAUCUCGGGGUCGCCCUCUCGCGCGUCCUGCACGUAACCUCUUGCAGCCCGGUGGCUGUGGCCCGCGGCGCGAGGGAGAAGCGGCCGCGGGGCAGCCCCGGCUCGCUGGGCGCACCCUCGCCCGGCAGGGAGUGGGGGAGGUGCGCCGGUGCAAAAGUAAAAGCAGCGGCGGUGGACGACGGAUGCGCCGCCGCCGCAGCAGCGGACGACGACUUGCUCAUCGACGUGUCGCUGUCGGGCUGCGUCGGCGUCCGCUCGACGUAUGGCGGCCUCGCGAUCUCGGGAGAGCAGUUGCCUCCACCGCGAGCUGCGGUGGCGGCAGUCGCGGCAGCGGGCCAUCCUAUUCCUAAGCGCAAGCUUGGAGGGGGUGGCCAUACUGCAAGGCCAAGACCAAUAGGCUCAGUGAGACGCUGACACUCUUUUUUUGUGAAAACGACGGAUG